AUGUUGGAAGAGGACAAGGUAAAAAUGAUUUAAUUUAUUAUAUAAUUAUUUAAUAUGUUAUUGACUUCCAAAUUGUUGAAAAUGUACAAUGCCUAGAUUGUUACAACUUCCGUGUUAACAGUUUUGAAAGCCUUCUAAGAAUCUGUUAAUGCUAAAAGUUGUUAAAUUAGCAAUAUAAUAUUUCAGAGUUUUCAUAUGCAGUAGAUUUAUGUCCAUAUCACAUGAUUCGAUCCAGAUUUUUGGAUAAAUAUUUCCUUUUUUGCUUCAUUGUGAACCAAUAAUGAGAUCAAUUCAAUGUGUCAGUUGUAAAAUUCUUGAUAUGGUACAAGCUGAUAAAAGAAAUUGAGGAAACUUGACUCUCCCAAGUAAAAUUGUGUGAUGUUAGAGAGAGUAAUAUAAAUAAAGUAGGAUUGUCCAUUUGCUUGUCAUAGCACAUACCUAUGCAGCUAGAACAAUGAAUGUGUGGUCACUGCUCAAUAACUGGACUCUGUAGCCCAGUUGGUUAGAAUGCUGCCCUGGAAUUGCAGUGUGAUUUCUGCCAUAGAGCCUGUAGUUACAUUUUUCACAACUGCUGCCAUGCCAGGCUGCAAAGUUUGGAAAUUGCGCGCCUGAGAUUUCGAAAAUUUAAUAGUAAAUAUAUAGAAAGCUGUGCAGAAAAUGCAGUCUGGCGUAUAGAAAUAUAACAUACUUGACAAGUGACUAUUUGGUCUGAUUUGACGUGACAGGGUGCUGCUAUAGUCAGUGGUGCCCAGUAAGAUGCCUACUUCACAAUUUAGGUCUUUGUUGCAAGAAACUUAAACAUUGCCAGAAUUCUAAUUUCCUUGUGUUGUCCUAGAAGGAAGAACGAACAACAUCUGUGGACUUAUCAACUGAUUCCUCGUUAGUCAUCGAUAUUUCAGAUGCACUUAGCGAGAAGGAUAAAGUCAAAUUUACUGUUCACACAAAGGUAUGAGAACUUUUUACUCAAAAUCCUUUCCACAGGUGUUGAGGGAAAUAUGAGGUGAUUUGCUCUGGACUCUAACAUGAUAGGUGAGCUCAGGUUGAGUUGAGGGCGUGUGUACUAGGGUGCUACCAAAUAUAUCACUGUUUCUUCUGUUGUCAAAUGAUGAUGUCACAGAGACCAGAGGAAGAUUUUGCUCUGGGUUCCAUGAAAUCUUUUGAAUGGCUCGGCAUGAAUCUAUCCAUAUGACAACCUGACAUUUUUGUAUUUCUUAUUAAUUCUAGACAACUCUACCAGACUUUAAAAGCAGUGAUUUCUCAGUCGUCCGUGGUCAUGAAGAAUUCGUCUGGCUUCAUGACCGAUAUGAAGAGAAUGAGGAGUAUGCUGGAAUAAUUGUAUGUCUGUUUUACUGUGUUAGAUGUUUUAGUGAUCAGGACAGGAUUUUUCAAUCAGCAUCUAAAAUUAAUUUUAGUAAUUAUACAUCAUUGUUUGGCUUUUGAUAACUAGCUUAUAUUUCAUUUGUUGGUCAAAAUAUCUAGCUCAAAACUAGUGUGGCCUACAAUUUCUGAAAAUAAUUGAAAAAUGUUUUAAUGUGCACCCUGUUUUUGUUCUGUUGUACCUCCUAUGGAAAGUAAGUUGUGAUUCUUUUUAUUGCAGAUCCCCCCUGCACCACCAAGGCCUGAUUUUGAUGCAUCAAGGGAGAAACUUCAAAGAUUAGGAGAUGGUGAGUACAUUUUUUACAGUGAAAAUACAAAAGCUUUCCCACUUCCAGAAGGUUGUAAAGUGUUUAAAUUCACUGUAAUUUGUUCUGUAUUACAGUAGCAGUUACCGAUUAAUUUAUAGAUAAAUACUGUGAUAAAAUUGAAAUUUAACAUCUUAUAUAUGUGUUACAAUGCAGUGAGUCUAACAAAAAAUGCAACCUUUGCAACAAAUUAUUAUACAAAAACAAAGAAAACUGCAUCUUGUUGCCGCAUUUGCUCAUAAUUUAGUAAUUGCUACUGAAAAACAGAACAACCCUUACGAAAAAAUCCUAUAGAAAUUCCUAUAGGAAAUUCCUAUAGGAAUUCUAUUCCUAUAGGAUCCUAUAGGAAUUCCUAUAGGAAAUGCCAUUUCCUAUAGGAAUUCCUAUAGGAUCCUAUAGGAUUUUUUCGUAAGGGAAUUUACAGAAAAUUACAACAGACUGUGGAAUUAGUGGGAACGUUCCUGUAUUUCACUAUAAAAUAAGUAACAAAUGUCUAAUCUGCGAUUUUUUUAGGUGAAGGAACAAUGACAAAAGAAGAAUUUUCAAAAAUGAAAGCUGAGCUGGAAGCGUAAGUCAUCUUCAUAUCUGUCAUCACAAUAAAUUAGGGAUGAGCCGAUACCAGAAAAAAGCCGAUUCGCCGAUCCGAUAUAUCGGAGCCGAUAUAAAAAAAUAAUCGGCUGAUUAAUAUGACCGAUAUUUCUGUGUACCGGGGUACAAGUGCCAGAUAACGGUUUUUUGACAACUUUUAAUACUUGUGUAUACGCCACAAAUUGACAUACUAGUUUUAGUGUGUUCUGGAAAAUAUUUACUCAUAUUGCCAUUAUUGGACAGUUAUCGGUCACUGUACGAGUCAAAUGAAUUAAUGGAUAUGGGAUUAAAUAUGCACAACAAAAGUGUCAAAAACAAGACGGAGUGUAGAUUACUAGAUUAUAGAGUUAUUUUUUUAAAAAAACGAAAAAAUUGUGAAUAUCGGCAAAUAGCCGAUUAUAAAAAAUAAUCGGCCGAUUACCGAUUAUUUUGAAAACACCAAAUAUCGCCCGAUUUAUCGGCCGUACCGAUUAAUCGGCUCAUCCCUACAUUAAAUGUUGUAUCAUGACGUCUAAAAAGUCUCAAUUGGUGGGAUUUAGUUAGUAGUGUGGGGCACUAGAUCAACUUACAUUUAUAAGAAUUUAUAAGUCAACAAAUACAUCUCAAUUCUAUUUGUUUGUUUAAUUCAAAUGGAAGACUACUGCAUAUGAUAAUUUUUCUCACUCUGUUAACUGUCAGACUGUCAGUUUGUACCAUCUGCUGUAUGAUCAAUGCUUAGCAUCUGUUCGUAAUACCCUAGUUUCUAAUUUUUUCCACUAGAGAAUAUUUAGCAACGUUUAAGAAGACAGUUGCCAUGCAUGAAGUGUUCCUGUGCAGACUGGCGGCUCACCCAAAACUUAGGAAAGAUGAAAACUUUAAAGUGUUUUUGGAAUACAAACAGGAGGUAAAAAGCAAAUUAAAGUUCACAAUAUAGACAUAUUUUGUAGAGAUGAGGUGGAAGACGCCUUUAGUUUUACAUUAAGCUGUUAACAUGGCCAGCUUGCAUACCAAAUUGAGCCAUUAAAGAUGGCAAACUUUUGAAAGUUCAUUCUAUGAACUUUAAACAUGGUCUACUGCAAAUUGAAUGCAACUUAAUGUUGCAAAAUGUAAGGAACUGGUUAUUUACUUUGGGCAUGAAUUUUACCCCAACUCAUGCACAUUUUCUGGAAGCAACUGGAAACAGUUCAGCAUGCUAGAAUUCUUGGUUUAAUAUCAGACGUCCUUAAGUGGAACGAAUAUAUUUUAUAAUCCAGCCUACAUGUGCAAAACUUCCUGUCCGCCUUGUACCCAGGCGUCUCUUUGUAGUAAAACAGCGAUGCGCAUAUGACAAGUUUACAUGAAGUACAGUAUUGUAGUGGCGAGAGAAGGGUCCCUUCCCAACACUGCCUGAAUACUUCAUGUAUUAUAAUUAUUUUAAAGCGCCUGGGUACGAGGCAGCCUGUUCGUGAUAUAAUUUCCUUUCACUGUGUAGCUGUUUCUGACCCCUCCGACCUGUUCAUCAUGGCGUCACUGCAUAUUAAUCUGACAGUAUUGAAAGAGAAGCGAAUUCUAAUUCUAAUUUGCCAAAGUCAGGACUACGACCUAAGUCUGGAGUAUAUAAUUGACAAUGCUCAUACUAUCUUAGCUUAGGUUUCUCAAUGAUUGUAAAGUUGCUGAUGCAAUUAAUUUGUAUAUUUUUAAAUAAACUAUCAAACGACUAUCAAACUGUAUUAAAACCAUUUGCAGCAAUCCUGACCAAAUUGCAUGACAUAUUUACAGGCUCCUCCAUUUACUGUUUGGAGUACUCCUGAUUUUCGGAGCGUUCAUAGAAUCGAACUGAGGCACGAUCACGUGAGUGUUCUGGUUGCCCUACUCAACUUCUACUCAACUUCUACUCAAAAGUAGGAGCAGUCAAAACAGUCAUCUGACCGUUUUCAGUUUGGUUCUAUUAGUGCUUCGAGUCCGGAGUACUCCGAACAGUAAAUAGGGCAGCCUGGUAGUUAAUUGAAUUCUAUUUAGUUAAGUGUGAGAGGAAAAAACAAGAAGGAGAAGCUUGGAGGUUUUCUCAAAGGUUUUGCCAAAGGAGUGGAUGAAGUUUUACUUUCAAGUCAAAAGGUAAAUUACAAAAAUGUGUAGGUCCUUGUGAUUCAGUUUCUGAAAUGUUGUAAUUAUUGUAUGUUCUAGGAUGCUGAUGAUUUCUUUGAGGGAGAGAAGAAGUUUCUGGUGGAGUAUCAUAGCAAGUAUGUUUGAUAAAAAUUGGAUGCAAACUUCUAGGCUGAGAUUACGCUCGAGAUUUUCAUCUACAAUUUUCAUCUACUGUUAGUUGUAGCGAGAUGCCCAAAAUUCUCGGUGUUGAACACUUUAUAUCCUCUUAAUUUAGACUCCGAGAAGCGACGAAGCAGUCGGACAGAAUGACGCGAUCACACAAGGGAGUUGCAGAUUGUUACAUCAAGAUAUCAACCUGUAUCACGGCUUUAGCAACGAGUGAAGCGACAGAUUUUGAAAAGUAAGUUUUAGAACUUAUUUGUAUCAUAUGUUAGGGGUAUUAUCAAUCAAUUGUACAAUGCCCCUUCUCUACUUACAUUCUAAUUCAAUAACUGUCUUUAUUUUUCAGAUUUUUUAACAAAGUUAGCGACAUUUUUGAAAAAGUUCGGGUAGGUAAUAACAGGUGUCAAGCCCUGCUCAAACGAUAGUUGAUGAAAGUUUGCAUGAGAGUUUUCUCAACUUUCAUGCCUCGGUCAAACGAGAACAAGAGUUGCAUGAGAGUUGAGAAGCGAGAGUUUGCAUGAGAGUUUUCUCAACUUUCAUGCCCCGGUCAAACGAGAACAAGAGUUGCAUGAGAGUUGAGAAGCGAGAGUUUGCAUGAGAGUUUUCUCAACUCUCAUGCCCUGGUCAAAUGAGAUGAAGAGUUGACGAGUGUUGACUGGAUAUUUUCGCGCACGUAGCGAAAAUUCUCGUCAACUCCCAUCAAAGUUUGAACCAGUUCAAAGUUGAUGAGACUGCAUGAGAAUUGAUGAAAGUUCGCGGUGAAAACUAGCGAGAGUUACAACUCUCGUCCAUUCUCAUCCUCGUUUGACCGAGGCUUUACUGAAACGUCCAUGCGUUGUAAAACAAUAAUUGUUGAAUAUUUCAGAAAUUGGAAGGUCGUGUGGCGUCCGAUGAAGAUCUCAAGUUAUCAGAUCUGCUGCGUUACUACAUGCGAGAUACUGAUGCUGCCAAGGCACUUCUGUACAGGAGAGCAAAAUGUUUGUCAGAGUUUGAUAACGCCAAUAAAGCGUUGGACAAAGCUAGAGCAAAGAAUAAAGACAUUCCCGGUGUAAGUGAUGGUGAUUACUAUGAAGUUGCGUGGUAGCUUUGUGAUGGUGAUGAUGAUGGUGAUGAUGGUGGUGAUGAUGGUGGUGAUGAUGGUGGUGAUGAUGGUGGUGAUGAUGAUGAUGAUGGUAAUGAUGAUGAUGGUGGUGAUGAUGGUGGUGAUGAUGGUGGUGAUAGUGAUGAUGAUGGUGGUGAUGAUGGUGGUGAUGAUGGUGAUGAUGAUGGUGGUGGUGAUGGUGGUGAUGAUGAUGAUGAUGGUGAUGGUGGUGAUGAUGAUGAUGAUGGUGAUGAUGAUGGUGGUGGUGAUGAUGGGGAUGGUGAUGAUGGUGGUGAUGAUGGUGAUGAUGAUGGUGAUGAUGAUGAUGAUGAUGAUGGUGAUGAUGAUGGUAGUGAUGAUGGUGGUGAUGAUGGUGGUGAUGAUGAUGAUGAUGGUGAUGAUGAUUGUGGUGAUGAUGGUGGUGAUGAGGGUAGUGUGUGACGAAUUAAAAUCGUCAACGUGUGUGCUACUAACGAUCACAGAACGAAUAGACAAUAGAAAAUUUUUUUUAUUCCUUUAACGUUUUAAAAGACAACCCUACCUAAGCUAAAUAUUUUUUACUAACAUAAAGUCAGACCGAGUUCAUACCACUGCUUCGUCUUUCUAUCUUCGGCUAGCCCUCGAUGUAGUUACCACUGUUCACAACCCCAAUCUUCGGCCCAAUACCAUUCGCCUGCUCAAUCGCUCAUCCAAUCGCUCCGAACAGACUAUAAUUUCAAUUCAGGCUGAGGCAGCACAGCAGAAAGCCAGUGAAAAAUUUGAAGCUAUUUCUGAAGAAUCCAAGAAAGGUCAGUCGUGUUUAUAAAUUUUUACGCACGUAUACAUGUCGCCUGUAGCUUGUCUUUCUGAAGAAGGCAGAACAGAAUCUACAUUGUUGAUCUGUUUACAUUCAGAAAUUGAGGAUUUCAAAGUACGAAGAGUUCAACAAUACAAAAAGAAUCUUGUAAGUAUUUUUUGGAGUCAAAGUCGUUGAAGCUAAGUGACUGCAAGUGUAUCGCAAAGCAAGUUACACAAUCUUAAUCUUUUCUAAUAUUGCAGGUUGAAUUGACUGAACUUGAAAUUAAACAUGCAAAGGUAGGUCAGAAAUUUGUAGAACAUUUAUUCCAGGAAAGCGAUGAAAGCGCCUUGUGCUUUAUUUUCCGUGAGUUGUAGCGUUCUCAACAUUGCAUUGCCCCUCAGCUUACCCGCUUGAAAAGAACGACUUGUGGCGAGUCCAGUUGUAUCGCUGAUAAGUAAGAUUGUUUGGCACUAGAUAGAGACGACACAGUGAAAUACUAAAUACAAGUAGAUUAUAAUUAAAGUAGCAAAAAUCAUUCAUAUCUGUAUUAAACUUCCCGAUGAAGGGACGUCGCUAAAAAUAUCCGACUCGAUAUCACCACAAUGAAUAAGUUUAACUUUCAUGAUACAUUUUGUACCCUGAAAAAAUAACAAAAUCCCAUCAUCAGUAUUCUGAUUUGUCUUUCCUAGGCACAAAUCCAAUUACUAAAAAAUGCGUUGACAUCGUUGAAAGAUCUAUGAAUACAGAAUAAAACAAUGAAGUGUAUGUAGUGUAGCGAGAUUUUUGAAAAUUGUGUUUUAAUGAACUUUAGGUAGUGGAUAACAGUAUGUAUAAUAUGACUAACAAAAUUUAAAAUUUGAAAUGUGAUCACACUACUGUGAGUACUGUGGAAUAUGAUUAGAAAAGUACGUGUAUAGUGGGUCAAUUUUCAUAUUACCCCAUACUUAACCUUACCCUAAUACUUGUGACGUCAUUACGGGAUAUACCAGUGAGACAUUUUAAUGAAAUUUCUGGGGUGAUAAUAAAAUUCUUUUUUGCAAGUGGAAACACCAAAUUUCAAAAUAUAGAAUAUGUUCAAAUUGUUCAAAUAUCAAAAUUUUUUGUUCAAAAUGUAUGAAAUAUUCAGCUUUUAUAAAAGAAAAGUAUGAAAUAUUCAGCUUCUAAUGAUUGAGAGAGGCUGAAAUGUGUACUUUAAUUGAUAUGACUGGAAGAGAUAUAAUAAUAUGGCUAAACUGAAUUCCUGAAAUAUUUUAUAUAAAUACUGCAUCUUUAAAAUAGAAGCAAUUAAAAUGGCGGAAAUGCUUGUUUUUUGUACGGGCGUUUUAAAAUUAAAGAAGCGAAUUCUUCAAAGUUUAACUUCUUUCAGCAGAGGGCUUCGUAACUUUCGUUUCCAAUUAAUAAUUUAUAACAGUAGAAUUCCAAUGUCGUCAUGUUACUAAAAAUAGAAGCGUGGAUUUUCCCUUCCAAGAAGAAGUGAUUUAGUACGAUAUUUGAAAUCCGAGUGUCACAAUAAUACGACAACAGAAGUGAAAUCAAUUCUUUUCUACCAACAAAGAUAUAUACUAUAAACCUUUUUAUUCCUCAGGUAAACUGUCAUUUAUUCAAAAUAUAUUGGAAUUUUAUUGUGCGAAUAUUUUGUGCUUGAAAGCGUUCGCGAUGAUUUGUUUAUAUAUGACCUAUUUUCAUUUUCAUUGUUUUGCAUUUUCUAGUUUUUGAUCUGUGAAAGUAAUUUUCCUGCUUAAAGAUAAACUAGUAAGUAUGCAGUGUUGCUAAAUCGAAGUUUAAUUGUAAUUGAGACAUUGCUUAUAAUCAGAAUAAAGUUAUUGCGUACUUUCGUUUUAAUUUCUAUGUAAAGUGAAAGUAGGACAGGGUUUGCUGGGUUUAUUUCGAAACGAAUCUUAAUGUACUACGUCUGGUACGCUACGAAACGCUACGAUAGUUACAAACUUAAAAAUAGUUUGUAAAAGAAAUUUUUCUGACAGAACAAUAAGGGUUGUUAAACUAAUAUGUACAAUACAAGCUUUCACCAUUGAAGGGUCAUUUCUUGGGUCUGGAAUUAGUGACAUGCAAACAAUUCCUACAUGUCACAAGGUUGACCUUCCCAGCCCCUUGCUCUUUCUCAGUUGCGUUUGAACAGGGGUAUGCCAACUUUUUAAAUAUACAACAAUAGGCCACAAAAAAAAUAGUUUGUUUUAGCGUCCUCGCCCGCCCACAAAAAAGGUCCCGCUCAGGUUUUUUUUUAUUUUUUAUUUUAAAAAACCCCAACUUUUAUUGAUCAACAGGCUCAUAUGUAGUAUUUCUGUUGACUGUAGUCAAUUGUGUUAAUAAGUUGCGAAAUUGAGUGCGAAAAUGACAAUAUGAAUCAUAUUUUGAAAUAUAUAAAAAAAUAUCUGUACUGCACAAGAAAAUCCAGUUUCAGAGCUAAAACCAAGGCGUUAAAAAUUAGUAAAAAUUUUUUUAAAAAGUGCCCGCCCGCCCACUUUUUGGCAAAAGCUAAGGACGCUAACAAACUAUUUUUGUUUAUGUGGCCUUAAUAUAUGAGCUGGCUUGAGAGCAUGUAGAGCAUUGUACCCUCUCCCUUGUUUGUAAAGAACAAUAGAAAUAACUUCAGUUAACCCAUUGAGUGGCAGCACUUUCCCCCUGACAAAUAAAAUCGUCUGACGUUAGACAGAGUAAAAUUAUCAUAAAGAAGGGUGCAUCUGGGGCCAAAUAAAAAUAAUAGUUGGUUUCAGGUUUCACAGCCAUGUUUUAUAUGGGUAGGUAGGUCGGAAAAACAUUUUAUUUUAAAAAGUAUUUUAUCUCAAGUAUGCAAUAAAUAUAAGUUGAAACUGAUUAUAAACUCUUAGUUUUUAUUGUUUUUACAUCAGGUUUUCACUAGCAUACAUAUAAAACUUGACAUGCAAGGAAACGAGCAACAACUAAAUAUUUAAUGCCAACAAUGUUCAGUCUAAACGCUUAAAUGUCAAUAAAAUGCUUAUGGUCGGUCAUAUUUUUGACAGGUUGGUCGGAAACCUGAAACCAACUAUUAUUUUUAUUUGGCCUGGGCACAAUGCCACUUAAAUGGUUAACAGGGUGCAUAGCAGAUAGUCUGAUUAACCCAGUGAGUGGCAGCACUCUCUGACAAAAUUCAAUACCUAUUUCCUUUUUUAACAACCUAGGUGUAUGGUGUAAUAUGUAAACUUCUUCAAAACAAAAGAUAGCACCUGACAUGGCUGAAAACAAUACAACUCCAAACAAAAUAUUUCAACCUCGAGAAUAUCAAUUGGAACUUAUUGAAGCAGCAAAGAAACGAAACAUCAUCGUAUGUCUGGGGACUGGGACAGGCAAGACUUUCAUUAGCAUCAAGCUGAUUGAACAUCUAGCACGAGAAAAUGAUAUAUUUCGACCUUUCUCAGAGGGAGCUAAGAGAACUUUCUUUCUGGUUAACAGUGGUGAGUUUAAUUAGCCUUAAAUCUCACGAUGACGAAUAUCCCCCAUUUUUGGGUGGCAUCCAAUUCUUGUUAGUUGUUAACCAAUGCAGACAAUUAAAACAAUGUGAAAAGCAAUUUUUCAAAAUAAACUAACCAUUCACAAAGCAAAUUUACCAUCAUUCAUCAAAAAAAUUAUAAAAAGUCGUCGUUAUGUGGACUUAUCUUUCAGACGUCGGCUGAAAUGCCACCCAAAAAUGGCGGCGUGAGAAAGGCUAAUUGCAUUUUUGUUUUGAUAUUUGUCAAGGCUGCAUGUUCAAUCCCCACAGAGGACCUAUAGGUACAUUUCUUGCAGUUGCUCCUGGGUAGGUCUAAUAAUGUAUAAACAUCUACAAAAUCCUUCAGCCUAGAAACAAACUUAUCAUCUGGAGGUUAGUGUGUUAGGGCUCAUUUAUUUAAUAUCUAAGGGUGGGAUAUAUGGGCGGGAGGGGAGGGGGGGAGUAAGGGAGUUUUUAAAAUGAUGUCAUUUAUAUCACUUUUUGCAUACAUGGGGGAGGAGGGAGGGGUCAUCUUUCAAAAACCUUAUACCAUGCCCAAUGUUGAAUUCCAAAGUUAGGAUAUUAUCUUACAUGUGCACCCUUGCAGUUUAAUAAGCAUAUGAACAAGUCUGUUAAUUUCUUAGUUCCCUUGGUCUUCCAACAAGCUGCUGCUAUUGAGUCGUUCACAGCACUUAAAGUCAAGGCAUUCUGCGGAGAAAUGGGUGUGGACUUCUGGGGCAAGGAUCAAUGGCUGAAAGAAUUUGAAGAUCACCAUGUGCUCGUCAUGACGCAUCAGAUCUAUCUUGAUCUUAUACAACACCGCAAGUAUGGAUUCAGUUUAUCUCAAGCAAAUUUGUUGGUUUUUGAUGAAUGCCAUCAUGCAAAUAAAAAUCAUCCAUUUAAAAAGAUCAUGGAUUGUUUUGGUGAUCGUAAUCAGGGAGACCUCCCAAAGAUCCUUGGACUUACUGCAUCGGUUGUUGGCAAGAAGGUGCAGCCUCGUCAGAUUGAAGAUGAAAUUAAAAAGUUGGAGCGAACAAUGAGAAGUGCUUGCAAAACAGCGAGUGACCCUGAUGUAGUAGAAAAAUAUGGUGCAAAGCCAGAGGUAAUUAUGAGAACAUAUUCAUCAUCAAGCCACUUUGACCCUGUAGUGUACUUGGAAAACGAAUUCCUUUUAGUGUUGGAUCCUCUUGAUGCAUUUUUAAAAGAUGUCAAAGUGUUAAAAGAUGCAAGUGGUUCUGGGGAAGUUAUUAAGAGAGAACUGGACGUCGCCAAGGGUGCAGUGCGCGAAUGUUUAUCAGCGCUAGAAGACAUUGGUAUCUGGGCAGCUAAUGAAGUUUCAGUGAUGUUAGUGGAUGAUUUAGGUUAGUCUGUGAAGAUCAUUUUACAACAAAAUACUGUUGGACAUCUUUCAUUCAGACACUGAUGGAACAUAGCAAAGUUCAUAUUAGAGAGGUGACUGUAUUAGAGAGGUGACUGUAUUAGAGAGGUGACUGUAUUAGAGAGGUGUCCGUAUUUCAGAGGUGUUCAUAUUAGAGAGGGGUAGUAUUAUUGAGGUGUCUGUUUUAGAGAGGUGUAUGCAUAGACGGAUUUUAUGGGGGGGGGGUGCAGGGAGGUGCUACCCCCCCCCCCAAUAUUAGCUAUAACCCCCCAAACAAAAUGUCCACCCCUCCAAAAAUAUUUUCAACCCCCUCCCCCCAAUAUUCGGCAUAAUAAAAAAUAAUUAAAUAGUCGACUCCAACGUGCAGAGUGUUGUAGACUUUCCAAAGUCCUUUCCUUUUCCUUCCCUCCCCCGCGCCCUCCUUCCCCCAUGGUCGACUUGUCGCAAGUCUAAGAGUGUUGAUCAUACAAAAUAAACGUAGGAGUACACUCAAAUAGUGCAAUACUCUGAAACUAAUUGCUCCUCGCUUGCAUUCACUGGUUUAUUGGACCAAUUGUAAAGUUUUGAAACUCUACUAUCUCCCCUGAAUAGAGUUUGCAGUGCCUUGUCAUGCAAAUAGCUUACUUGCAAGGAACGUUUGGAAAUUUUACGAACAUUAUUUUUAGUUUUUUUAAAUUCUUUUAGGAAAUAGUCUUGCCUAGAUUUAAUCUUUACGUCCCAAAUAUUAUUUACAUCGGAGUUGCAUCAUACAUUGUACUCGGAUUCAAACGACACAAUGUCUAUGAUUUUAUAAAAGUAAAAGCAUAUUGUGUAUUGGCCUAUUGGGUUUACACUUUUACAGGUUCAUUUAACUUUAACUCUCUCAAGUCUCGACAGACAAUUGGACAGGCCAAAUCCAUUGAUAUGACAACUUCAAAAAACGUUUUUUCGAAGAUAGAAAUCAUGAUUUUUUUCAAAUUUUACCAGGGAUACUUUGUUUUCUGCUCUCUAGUAGUAGUAGUAGUAGUAGCAACUUUAUUUAACGAGGGUAAAACACAUUACAGCCGAAGGCUGAAAAACUUGUGGCCCUCGCUAUACUAAUUACAGGAAAAUGCAAUAAAUUAUAUUAUACAAUAUACUUAUACUAUGUUACAAACUUGAUGGCUAUAAAAACUUGAUAGCUAUAAAAACUUGAUAGCUAUAAAAACCUCACUACACUAAGAGUAUUACAGGAUGAUUUACUAUAUUAUACACUUAUGCUACGUUAAAUAGUAAAGAGUUAAAAAUUAUCUAAAUCUAGAUAUUGUUCAGUUAAAAAUGUUCGGUAUUUAUUCUUAAAUGUACCUAUAUUUGAACAUGAUCUAAUAUCCGUAGGAAUGCUAUUCCACAGUUUAGCUGCCGAUAUUAAAAAAGAUUUGCCCCCUUCUAAUUCCCGAUUGUAUUUGGGACAAACAACAGUUAUUUUGCCAUGUGAAGUUCGCGACGAUAUUUGACUAACUGUUACAAAUUUUUCAGCAACAUAAGAUGGGGCUAAUUCAUUUAAACUCUUAAAAACCAUACAACAUUUAUUUAUUUUGAGUUCAUCAGUGAAAGGUAUCCAUUUCAGUUUUUUAAACAAAGUCAUGGUUCUCUCUUCUCUUAACUUGGUAUUUAAGAUCACUCUUGCUGCACGUUUUUGAAGUUUAAACAAUCUACCAAGAUUUUCUUGACUGGUCAUCGACCAAACCAAACCACCAUACAUGAACAAUGGUUUAAUUAUAGCAUUAUAAAAUUGGAUUCGUUCUCUAUUUGGUAAAUUAUGUCUUAUGGAAUUCAAUAGACCGAUCCUCUUGGUCAGUUUUUUGCAUAGCGCGUCGAUGUGAUCAUUGAAACUUAGAUUCGGUCUAGACUCCCACUCGCGGCUCUAGUGCUCCACCCCUAGAAUAUAGCUAUACCUUACUGGGGUUUGGCGACACUUUAUGUUGCUUCAGUCACCUGCUCGCGGCUCACCCCCCUAAAAUUUCUGGCACCACCCCCAGUAAAAAAUAUGAAAAUCCGUCUAUGGGUGUAUGUAUUAGAGAGAUGUCUGUAUUAAAGAGGUAAUUGUAUUAGAGAGGUGUUCAUAUUAGAGAGGAGUCUGUAUUAGAGAGGAGUCUGUAUUAGAGAGGAGUCUGUAUUAGAGAGGAGUCUGUAUUAGAGAGGAGUCUGUAUUAGAGAGGAGUCUGUAUUAGAGAGGAGUCUGUAUUAGAGAGGAGUCUGUAUUAGGGGCUGUUUACAUGAGCCCUACCGAGAGGGCUAAUUUUCACUGCUUGUUUACAUGAGAAAAAUCAGCCCUACUGGUAGGGAUAGCUUCCUUUCGCAAGUAGCACUUAAAUGGCUUCCGUGCGACUCAUUAGUUUUAUUUUGGCGUCCAAAAUCAUAGUUUGCCGACUAAAUUUUGGAAUAAAAGCCAACAGACAUAUGAAUAUUUGUUUAGAAUUACAUCCUUAAAACAAAAAAAGUUUCAACGAGUUUAGUCUAAAAUCGAUUCGAUGGCUUUUUCACUCAGCCCUACUAGAAGGGCCAGCCCUCUCUCUACUGCAUUUAUAUGAGAAAAUUCCAGCCCUACUAGGCGAGAUCUCGGGUGAAUAAUAGUGAGAUCUCGCCUAGGUGGGCUGGCCCUCUUCUCAUGUAAACGUAAACAAUUUUUAAUAAGGAUUUCAAAUAGCACGUGAGAUCUUGCCUAGUAGGGCCAGCCCUCCCUGUAGGGCUCAUGUAAACAGCCCCUUGGAGAGGAGUCUGUAUUACAGAGGGAUCUGUAUUAGGGAGGGAUCUGUAUUACAGAGGGAUCUGUAUUAGGGAGGGAUCUGUAUUAGGGAGGGAUCUGUAUUAGGGAGGGAUCUGUAUUAGGGAGGGAUCUGUAUUAGGGAGGGAUCUGUAUUAGGGAGGGAUCUGUAUUAGAGAGGGAUCUGUAUUAGGGAGGGAUCUGUAUUAGGGAGGGAUCUGUAUUAGAGAGGCGUCCGUAUUAGAGAAUUGUGUUUAUUAGAAAGGUAACUGAAUUAGAAAGGUGUUCCUAUUAGAGAGGUGUCUGUACUAGAGAAAUGUCGGUUAUAAGGAGAAAGUUGAACUAUAGUCCCAUCUCUGCUGACCUUUGUGACUUUUUUAGAAAAACGGAUUAAAAAGGUCUCCAUUAGUUUAUCACCUCACUCAAAGACAGCCAGCUUACUGCUUCAAACAACAGUGACGAGUUUACGAGAACUUACUUAUAAAUAUGAGGAAUUUAGAAUUGCAAACUGGGGAGGCAGAGAGAAAGUUCAGCAAGAGUAUUUGAAACCAAAAGUGAAGGAACUGCUGAAACUCUUCACUGAAACUAGAGGUAUGUGUAUGUCUUUUAUUAAAAGCAGGUUGACACAGCUAUCAAAGUUUCUGUGAUUAUAUUAGGAAUUUUGCAUGGGUAAAUUCUAAUUGAAAGAAAUGUUUUGGGGAACUGACUCGUUAAACACCGAGACAGUUCCCUCAAACAUUUCUUACAAAUCCUUCAAAACGUAGAAUUUACCCAUGCAAAAAUCUUCACUGUGAUCACAGAAACUUUGAUAGUGUACACAGCUGUCACCCAUUCAACUGCAAUGUGCUCUGAAGACUCCAGAUAAUUUUACUUGUUGAGGGGAAAAUCUUUUUAAUCUGUAAAUGUGCCUUUAUGCACCUUACUUUCUAAUUUUUACGUGUGUAAACCAUGAUCUGCCUUUAUACAUGUGUCCAACUUUGUUAUUUAACAAAUGGUUUAAGCUAGUCGUUCACACUCUCUGUAUUCGUUCUCGCUCACAUUUAGGUGACCAGAUUUGUUCCAUCGUGUUUGUUCAAAGACGAUAUGCAGCUUGUGUGUUGAGCAAACUCAUCGAAACAUUAGCGUCGACAUGCGCAGAAUAUAGUCAUCUGAAGCCAGACUUUGUCACUGGACACGGCGCUGAACUCUGGGGAAUUUCUGAAACUGAAAUGAAUUUCAAAAUGCAGGAGGAAAAGUUGACAAAAUUUCGAACUGGGACAUCUAACGUACUUGUGGGUACGAGUGUUGUUGAAGAAGGUGUGGAUAUCCCCAAGUGUAACCUGGUCGUCAUGUUUGAUUUUCCGCAAAAUUUUCGAGCAUUUGUUCAAUCUCGUGGUCGCGGCAGAGCUAAGGGUGCAAAGUAUGUGCUGUUGGUGCUGAGAAGUGAGCGUGGAAGACGCAGACAAGAACAAGAGGUACAAGUCCUUCAAAAUAAGCUUGUGGUGAAUUUCAAUAAACAGGACUUGUCAAAGCUUGUUGACAAGUUGUCGACGGCUUUUUCACAUCUUGCUACAAGGUUGUUGAGCUCAACAGACUUGUUGCAAUACACCCUUUCGAUAAUUACGUCACAACUACACUGUUUUCACCUUAGGACCACCUUAAAUGGAAAGGAUUUCAAGUUUUUUUCUCAUGGGCUAUGCACAGAGAAGCAGAACAUCCUUCUUCAACACAUGUAUGACAAAGAAAUCUUUAUUUUGACCAAUAAAUGUGGAAAUAAGCUUUAAUACGAAAACGAGGCUGUUUUCGUGUUAAUGCUUAUUUCCAUAUGCUUAUUCCCAAAUCCAAAUAUUUUUCGCGCAUGUGUUGAAGAAGGAUGUUCUGCUUCUCUGUGCAUAGCCCAUGAGAAAACAAAAACACUUGAAAUCCUUUCCAUUUAUGGUAGUCCUAAGUUGAAAACAGUGUAGUUGUGACGUAAUUAUCGAAAGAGUGUAUUUGUUCCAACAACUUGUUAUCAUCCUGCAAUUAGUCAACAAGUUGUGAGUGACAACCUUGUAGCAAGUUCUUGGUAAAAUAACAGCAUUACUGUUACAACUGGUUGACAAGCUUGCUACAAGCCUGUUACGAACACAUCUUCUUGACAAGUUGUGAGAUUUUUACGUGUGUACUUUUCAUAUAAUGAAAAGAAUAAAAAUUAUUUUACUUCACGACCUGCGAGCAAGCUGUCUAUAUCUUAACUGAUGUACUAUUUCUCGCUAGAAUUAUCAAAGUGUUGAUGAAUAUUUGAGGACGCUUUGCCAAGUUGAUCGGGAGGGGCCUACUGAAGAGGAAAUUAACGAAGCAAUUAAUGUCUACGCACUUCCAAACUACUACACAGGCAAGGAUGCCAAACUUGAUAUGGGGAAUAGCAUCAACCGUCUCUACAGGUAAAUAACUAGUUUCCAUUUGGUCACAAAUGUUUUGAUCUAAUCGUGGUCAACGAUAUGAAAUAGUCUGUGCCUAUAUCUUGUCUUUUUUGCAAUGUAAUUUAGUCUUUAUUGAUGUUAGAGAUAUACCAACACUUUAGUACAUCAGUCACCCUGAUAUGGUCACAACCAGUAUGACGACAGGCCAGAAAUCACCAUGACGUCAUGCCAGAAACCACCAUGAUGACACGCCAGAAACCACCAUGACGUCACGCCAGAAACCAUGCUUAAAAGGCUGAACCGUCCUUAUUUUUAGCAUGACAGGUUAUUUUAUUCUUUUAGAUAUUGUUCAAAACUCCCCUGCGACAGAUUCACUAGUCUCAAACCAAUAUUCACAACUUCUGUUGUCAAUGAUGAUGAAUAUCAGUGCACACUAAAGAUGCCUGGGAAUAGUCAUAUUACUGGAAUAAUCAAGGUACAGUAAGUCAGUGCCAAAUUUGGCGGGAACAGUCACAUUACUGGAAUAAUCAAGGAACAGUAAGUGUCAGAUUUGGCGGGCACAGUAGCCAGUCGUAACUAUUUUCAGUCCAUUUCAAUGUUUCAGUCUAACAAUUCAGGUCUUCCGUGUAACAAUUAGCAGAAACGGAGUAUUGGUAGUUGCAAUUUUGAAGUGUUGUACGAGCAAGCAAAUUAAACCACGUUUUUCACUCUUGUUCAUGCCUCCAAAUACAAGACUAGUACCAAUAAUGAAAACAAUCAUUUUCUCACUUUGAUAACUUUCGAUUGACGAUCAUUUUCCGUACGAUAACAGUUCUAGUCCACCGAACUAUAGCUACUCACGUACUGUAUAUACCAAAACCUCGUGAUGAACGAGAUCUCGUGCAGUGAUUUAGCAUCGCUUGUAUUUCAACUUUAGGGUGAGCCAAUGACAAAUAAGAAAGAGGCGAGACAGGCUGUAGCUUAUGAAGCAUGUAAACAGUUACUUGAACUUGGUGGUCUGGACGAACACAUCCUGCCGGCUGUAGAGAGCAGUUCUGAAAGUGAUGAUGAUGAAGAUGAUGUCGAUGGUCCUUCACAACACAAAACUGGAACAAAGAAACGACAACGAUUACAUCUUGUUAAGGUUUUUAAAUAAGCUGUAUAUUACGAAUCGUGUUUUUGUCCAUGAAAAUAAGCUUCAUGCAAGUGUUUUUAAUAAAGGCAAGCCCUCUUAGACUAUAUUAACACGAGCCUGACGAAUUCGGAAUAAUCUUUAAAUCGCCUAGUUCAAUUUGUCCAAACAGGAAUUGUACGGUUAGCUGAGGUCCACCUGGCUUCAUGUAUCCCGUGUGAACUCGAAUCACUUCACGAGUCAGUCAACGCUCUAACGAAAGUCGUGGGUUUUCUCUGGGUACUCCUGUUUCCUCCCACAGCCCACAGGGUGGGUUGACCCUUCCACCGUAGCUGUCCUCCGUGACACAGAAUAGGAAGUUAUACCAGAAGAGUAACUCUAGUCGUUUUCCUUAUUGUUUGACGUCCACGAAAAUUUUAACUCGCUCACGCCAAUCCACGCCAUCCUGGCUAGUACAGCCGGAAGUUUUUAUCAGGUUUUGGCAUUGAACUAUAAAUAAACUGGAAGGCUAACUCAGGGGGGGAAUUGAAGCCAGUGCAUUAUAGUUUUUCUGAGUUAUGAGCAGAAAUACUCAACACUGAACGUUGGGCUAUAUAUCAAAUUGAAGCUAUUGAAAAACACUAUUUGGUGUAGAAAUUUCAAGACUUUAGCUAAAAGGGAAAUAUUGAAAAACUACAAAUAUAAUUACCGAUAAUUUGCCGUUUUGCAGUUGUUUUCGUAUUUUUUAAAUAUUUUUCUUUUCGCUGAAGUCUUGAAAUUUCCACACCGAAUAGCAAUUUUCAAUCGCUCCAAUUUGAUAUAUAGCCCGACGUUUGGGGUCAAGUAUUUCUGCUCAUAACUCAGAAAAACUAUUUUGGCUUCAUCAAAUCAUAGGCCUUCAUCAUAGCAGUUAGCCUUCCAGUUUAUUUAUAGUUCAAUGGGUUUUGGUAGGUACAAAGUGCCGGUUGUACUAGCCAGGAUGGCGUGAUUGAUGACGAAUCGCUUGUAAAAACGCGGACAAAUACUUGCUUGAGUUACGCUUCUGCUAUACCUUCCUAUUCUGUGUCCGUGAUGAGACAUGAGUCAUAAGGUGGCUGCCAAAGGCGGUGCCCUUAGAAAGCCUUCGACUCGAUCAGAUUGAGCUGCGUCCAUCGCAACUCAGCUAAAUAACUAUUUGCGGUGCUUUCUACAAAACUAAUGAAUGAAAGUUUUUGUAUUUUAUGUAGACGUCAAAUCAACUAUAUGGGCGGUUGACAACGGAUGGUACUAAGAAGGUCUAUGUGUAUGCGAUCAAUAUGACGUUUGGUGAAGUUUAUAACCCAGUGAAGAAAGAGUUGUGGGAUAGAAAGAAUGUUUCGCUUGGAAUUGUUACCAACGAAAAAUUACCAGCAGAGGUUAGUUUUGACUUGAGGAGUACGUUUUGAGGAAUGAUCAUCGAUGUAAAAUAGUUUAUAGAAUUCUUUGCUGUAUGUUAGGCUAUGUUUACACUGUACUAGAUUAUAGCUUUUCGUAGCGACGUGAAAAAACACGUAUCCGUACCUUUUAGGAACGCUAUUUUCUGAGGAAUUAUUGCAACGGAGAGAUGUUGCUUCGCUCAAGCCUUACUUAUAUCACCCACUCGAACCGACUUGACUUCGUAGCUCAGAGCAUUGGACUGGGAAACCAAAGGUCGCAGGUUCGAUUCUCACCGCGGUCAAGUAAACUCUUCAGCUUGCCCGGUGUGGACAGAGACACCAUUACAAACAGCCUUACGUAACAAAUACAAAUCAGUCAUCUUGACAUGGACGCGACAACUACGCUUCAAACCAUUAUUUUAUUACCGUGGACAUAACCCCUGAUUAUCAUUCCAUUGUCUUUGAUUGUGUUUUUAUUUAUAUUAGAAUGCAGUUACAUUUCUUUUCUAGUUGCCAUCAUUCCCUCUUUACAACGAUAUUGGAAAGUUAAUAGUCACUCUCAAACGCUGUCAGUCAGUUCAUGCGCUAACUACAAAGCAAUGCAGCCUAGUCGACUGGUUUCACAAUUUUAUCUUCACCGAAACGUUGGAAUUCAAACUUGGCUCUCUUACUAGAAAUGGUUGUCGUGUGGUGCUAUUAAAUGAUGUUGAGUCUAGUCUAGAUUCUUUAAGCCGACGAACUGUUUCUACCGCCAGUGGAAUUAACUUUCAGGAAUUGGAGCUACUAAAGAAGAAUGCGUCAAAAGUCUCGGAAAGGAAUGGCAAAUAUUCUUCUGAUACAGAUCUGCUGGAUUCAGUUGUUAUUCAAGGUUAUCUAAGAAAAGAAACUCGUAACCUUGGUCAUUGUUUGGUCAAGUCAACCGGCGGCAAUCCAAACAGUAGCUUUCCAAAUGAAGACGUUGCUAAAACAUUCAAGGAAUACUUUGAAGGGAAGUACCACCCAAUCAGAAACCUUUCUCAACCGCUAUUGGAAGUUGUCAACCACAGCCGUAGGAUUGAUUGCCGUAAGAUCGAUCGCUGCUCGAAGGAAUAUUCUGCUCGAAAAAAUCGAACAAUGCAUCUUAUUCCAGAAACUCUGGAAUUCAGGUCCAGUCCACAGUCGCUGACUCUUCGAGCAACUUUUCUCCCAGUGACAUUAUACCGUGUAGAUAGCCUCGUUUCCAUGAUGGAACUACGGGAUUCUUUAUCCACAGAGAUGGCUGCCUGUACUCCAUAUGAUAUCAUUAUGCCAGCAUCUCCACGAAAGAGAGCAAGAGCUAGUUCAAAUCAAACUUCAAUGAAAGAGGCCAUGUCAACACUGGUAGGGUAUUUCUCUCCAUUCGACAGUUCCAAGACAGUUCCAUUAUUCCAGUUACUAGAAGCAGUCACGUGCGCAAGGUCUGGCGAGGAUUUCAAUCUUGAGAGACUAGAAACGCUUGGUGAUUCAUUUCUCAAGAUGGCCGUCACUAUCCAUGUUUAUUGGCAUAAAGAUCACAAAGACGAAGGCAAACUGACGAAAUAUCGCACACGACAGAUCUCAAACAAAAAUCUUUUCAAUCUUGCAAGGGAACGAGAUCUCGUCAAAUUCAUCAAACUUUUCAACUUUUCUAAUGAAGAAAAAUGGCUACCACCCGGUUUUAUCUCACGCAAAGUAGAAAAUGGUGAGUCGUUCAGUGAUGAUGAUACCGAUGACGUCAUGGAUGAUGAUAGCGAUGACGUCAUGAAUGGUGAGAUCCCUGAUGAUGACGUCAAAACACAGAAGAUCCCGGACAAGAGCAUUGCAGACAGUAUGGAGGCGCUUAUUGGAGCACAUUUCAUACAUUGUGGAUACAUAGGAGCAUUAAAGUUCAUGACGUGGCUGGGUGUGAAAGUAUUUCAUAGCGAGGACAUCGAGGAUGAACAACUCACCAAUGGCAACCGUAGAAAGUCUCCUACCCCUCGACAUUCCUCGAAUUAUGCAAACUACCCCCCGCCAUCAUUCGAGAUCCCCGCAGACGAGGAAGGAGUACGAUAUAGAGAGAUUUUAGGUAAACAGACGAAAGAAAUGAAGCCUUUUGAGGAGAAGAUUGGUUACACAUUCAAUAACAAGGUUUGACAUUUAAUAUUUUAUACUGGAUAGUUGUAGCAGUUCUAAACAGUUUUCCAUGACACAUACCUUAUUAAACCUUUAGUGUUACUAUAGAAAGAACCCUAAACUAAACUAACUUUUAUUCAGGAUAGCUCUGUCUGUUGUAAACUGUUUUUCCUACGGGUCCAGUGUAGUCAUUUCGUAUCGAUCCAAUGUUACCAUAGAAUGAAGCCAGAGUACCUGAAAUCUGUGGUAGCAUUCUUUUUACAAGUGAUUGCAACAUCUUCUGUCACGAAGGUGAAAGACACAUGUACUAACCCCCACCCACAUGUACUAACCCCCACCCACAUGUACUAACCCUAACCCAUUAUAACCCACAUGUACGAACCCUCACCCACAUGUACUAACCCUAACCCAUUAUAACCCACAUGUACUAACCCUCACCCACAUGUACUAACCCUAACCCAUCAUAACCCACAUGUACUAACCCUAACCCAUCAUAACCCACAUGUACGAACCCUCACCCACAUGUACUAACCCUAAGCCGGAUGUACUAACCCACAUGUACUAACCCUCGCCCAUCAUAACCCACAUGUACUAACCCUCGCCCACAUGUACUAAUCAUAACCUACAUGUACACAUGUACUAAUCCCAACCCACUAACCACAUAAAACCGUAAAAUACGUAACUGUAUAUACAACAGUUAUUGCUAUAUAUAUUUUGUUCAUUCCAGAAGAGUGGUUUAAGAAUUUCUCUAUUUCUAUUCCCAGGUAUUGCUACUUGAAGCAUUCACUCACCCGACGUACAGUGAUAACACGAUAACAGGUUCAUAUCAACGUCUUGAGUUUCUGGGUGAUGCAAUACUGGAUUUCCUUGUCACACAACACAUCUACAACAACUGUAAGAAAGACCUGAAGCCUGGUGAACUCACUGACGUACGUUCUGCCCUCGUGAACAACAAUAUAUUUGCUGUCAUUGCUGUACAGAAUGGCUACCAUAAGUUUUUGAAGGAAUAUUCACCAAACUUGUUUAGUACCAUUAGACAUUUCGUUAAAGGAGUUGAACAGUACCAGAAGGAUCUUGGUACAGCGGUAAGGAAGAGCAUCGUUGCUUUUGAUUUGAUUUGCUUUUUCUUUUCCAAGACACGUAGGCAGAUAUAGCAAACUCGUUAUGACUAGUUUAAAAUCUUGUCCUUUGGUGUCUUUUUGGUCUUGUCCCUAUUUUAGGGAAGUUGGUACAAUCAUGAAAAUUGAUUCGUAGACUAUUGAAACAUUUCAACCCCUCCACCGACUUGCGAGGAUAAUGUAUGCGGCUCCAUUCCUGGCAGAGCUAUCAGACAAUUCCUGUUAGAGCUAGCUUAGUUAAACGAAAAUUUUCACAUCGAUCUCCAUGUUCAUAAUUUAACACGAUAUUCAAAAACAUUAGGUGAGUCCUGAUCCGUACGUGAUAGCAGUUCAAAGUGACUCGAGUGAUGUGGAGUGUAUUGAAGCUCCCAAGCCUCUGGGUGAUGUUUUCGAAUCUGUUGCUGGCGCAAUAUUCUUGGACAGCGGACUGGAUGUUAUUAAAGUGUGGGAUGUUUGUUAUCCAAUGUUGAAGAAGUUUAUUGGUAGGUUUUUGCGUCUAAUGGACAACCUAACCACAUACGCCCAGAGGCGCCGGAGAAUCGAUAAUUGUGGGGGGGGGGGCAGAUAUUCAUAUAUUCGUGUUCUGCCCAGUUAAUUUCUUUUGAAAUCGAUUGUUUUUACAGUCUGUGAACACGAAUAUAUGAAUAUCUGCCCCCGCUAUUAUCGAUUCUCCGGCGCCUCUGCAUACGCCAUCAUUUUAUGCUAUCCAAUUAUUAGAUUCAUUUGAUCCGUAAGCCCGGACGCAACCCGUAGUGGAAAGAGCCUGGGUACGAGGUUGGCCCGGAUGAAGAUCAGUGCUAAUAAUGUAUCAUUAGCAUUGAUGAAAAUCUGGGCUUACGGAUCAAAAGGUUUACAAUAAUUAUUAUUAGAAUGGCAAAAUUACUGGAUGCUGAUUGGUUGAGAGGAGUACAAUUAUUUCAUUAAUUGUACUGCAGUACAAUUAAUGAUUUUCCCAAAACAAACAAAAUGGCGGAAAGGUAUUUUAAACACAAGCGUGAAAUGAAAUUGCCCUAAAGGAACUAGAUGAAAAUGCGAACAAAAGCACCAAAAUUUGCUUUAACAAAAGAACUAAAUGAAAAUACGGACAAAAGCACCAAAUUUUGGUUGAAAGUCUGGUAGGACUGGGCUUAGGCGAGAGAAUAUAUGAAGUAUCCAAUUUUUCAUGCUAAGGGGGGGCGAGUCCAAUUUGACAAAUUUCCAAACAUCACGAGUACUAUUAAUCCAUAAUUGCACGAGCAACAUCGCAUGAUUACCUAUACUAACUAUACGUGGUAUGGCCAUGCUAAACUAUUACACUUAUUUCUAUGUCAUCUACUCAUCUUUUAUCAAAAAUUUCAAAUUUAGUAAAAGUAACUUCAAGCACCUUCGUUUUCACCAAAAGAACAAUUUUUAAUUUGUAAAAACAUUAAAAUUUGUGCUUUUGGACGACAUCAAUGUCUAUUUUUCAACACUGUGUUGAAAGAGAAAUGUACACAUUGUUGUCGUCCAAAAGCACACAUUUAUCUUUCUCUUUCCUUGCUUCAACUAGGAGACUUUCAUACACAUUAGAAACAUUCAAGUUUAGUAACUUAGUUGUUUGAUUUUCAAAUGCUGGUUAACAUAAUUUUUUUUCUCAGAUGAAUAUUCAACGAACGUGCCCAAAAAUCCAGUGAGAAGCGUGAAAGAGCAAGACGAAAAAGCUGCGUUUAGGUUUGUGUUUUAGUUUGGGAUUUUACUGCUUGUGGGAUUUUACUGCUCUGACAAUAAUGGCGACCAGGGCCGCCGAGAGGGGGGGGGGGCGACUUUGCCUUGUAAAGGGGCCCCAAAAGGACAAAAAGUUCUUGAUACAAGAACUAUUUAUAGAGUUCACUGAUGGUGACUAUUUGUCCAUUAUUUCCUUAGCUCGGCGAAGAUCCUAGAAGAUGGCAGAGUGUCGUGUGAUCUUACUUUCAAAGGCCUGAAAUAUAAAGGUGUUGGCAGAAACAAACAUAAUGCUAAACUUUCUGCUGCUUACAAAGCUUUGAAAACAACUGAAGCGAAAAAAUGAGGAGAAAAACUAAAGAAAGAUUUGAUGGGAAUACAUAUCAAUCAACGCUCUGCCUAGUCUGCGAACCUAGACGCCACUUCCCAAAGAAUGAGCGUGGGAAAUGACGUCUAGGUUUGCAAGACUACGCUCUGCCGAAAGUUGAACAUGGAAAGUGGACAGCUGAGUAAGUAAGAUAAGUAAGCGCAAUACUUGAUGUAAUCGGUCACUGGAAAGCCCCAAUGGGGCGGGAGUGAGCUGAAUAAUAAUAUAAUAUAAUGUAACUAAGUAUUGUUCACAUCCUGAUCAAGAAUGCGGAAAUAAAAAUAAUAUCACAAAGUAAUAAGGGGGAUUACGUAAUUCAAAUAAUACUGUACAUACAGUCUGUAGUAAAUAAUUUAUUUAUAAUAAUAUAUAGUAUAAUAUAUACAAGUCAAGCAUACCAAAAUAUGGUUAUGCAAUAUUACAGCUCGUAAGAAGAAAUUAAAAUGGUAGUUGAUAAUUUAUUUUGUCUUCAGAGGCAGUAAUGUUUGCAAUAAACAGCAUAAUCAGUCUUGGACGAUGAAUAUUGAAUACUGUGUUUGAUGUGAUAAAUAAAUAUAAAUAUUGAUGGUAGAAAUAUGAAUAUUGGGAAUAGAAGUGAAUUUUUGAAAUCAAAAUAAACAAAAAUUGGGAUGAAUUCGCCCCAUUGAAAAGUGUUUUUUAGGGAAUUUUACAGCGAGGAAUAUUUAAGGAAAAGUUUCCUCUUGACAUCACUAAUCUUUUACUGGGCAUGCAGGUGCAUCAAUAAUAACAAGAAACGACAAUGACAACAACUGCUGAAAAAGUGCAAAGAAAGCUACAGGAAAUAUUUGCCCACACAUUUUGGAGGCGGGAUGAAUAACAUUAGCUUAUAAUCUGCGUCGAGGAUGGCUAAAUGGCGUGGGUGGGUGGGUCGUGGGUCGUGCGUCGUGGGUCGUGCGUCGUGGGUACGGUGUUGAGCGUCGUAUAGACAAUGGAAAUAUUUUUUAAGACAGAUAGACGGCAGACGGACGGACGGAUGGAUGAGAGGGUAAAAAACGGGCGGACAGGAGG